AUGUGGGGGGAUCUAGAAAGAGCAGCUUCUUUGGAGGUUGGCGAUUCUCUCGCAACUUUGCUAUUCCAAGUAUCUAGUCCAGUGCAUAUUCCGUGGGGAGACACAAGAUGGCAAGAACUGUUGACAGGAUACGAUGUUUGGAUUCACGCUGAAUCGAUUGAGGGUGACGAAUCGACUAGUAUCAUCACGCAAGCUUGUGAAAUGAUGGCAAAACAUGCAUUCGUAUCAAGUAAUCGUAAGUCUUUGAUGGCGUCCUUGGAAAGUUCUUUCUCCGUAAUUCACUCCUUUGCAGUUGCUGCAUUCAGUCUUCAUGUCACAAGAAUGAUUCGUGAUCUUACCAGGGAUAUUUCCAAGAGCAAGAGCAAAAAGAAAGAGGAUCAGACCGACGAUUUUUCAUUACGAAUAUCUCGUGUAGGGAAAGCAAGAGCUACCGCAGGUGCUUUGCAGCUGUUACGACUGCUGUCGCAUUCGGUCGUGGUUAGAUGUUGCAAAGACUCAUUUGGAAAUGAAAGUAGAGCUGAAAGCAACACGGAUUUGGAAGAAGCAUUCACAUAUCAUACAAGAGGGGACUUGCCACGUGAUCAGCUUGCUUCUGGGCCUCUGCUAAACGCAGUGUUGGACCUAAUUGUGAUCUUGGGGAAGUGCGUGGAUGCUUUGCGGACACCAGAACUGUAUGACACAAUUGUAUUAGCGUUCCGGCUCCUGUUUGUCCUGUGUGGGACACAAUUGUAUCAAGAUUUUGAAUCUUCAUCAUUGCGUCCAGACGAAGAGCCCCGUUUCUACUCUUUCCUAGACCAGUUUUUUGAAGCUGCCCAAGAACGCAAUUGCAGUUGCAGUGAGACAUCGGAAGACUAUAAAAAUCUGAAGACGUUUUUCGGUCCGUCGAGAGACUCCAUCCCAUUCAACAGCUCGCGAGAAAGAUGCCCGGAAGAUCAUAUAUGGACAGCACAGUCAGUCCUGGAAACUUGCUUGCGUUGGCAGACUGCUCGUCCUGUGGCUCCUGAUCGAAGCAUCGCACACUACUAUUACAUCAUGGCUCAAUCGGCUAUUGCCCCCAGGAGUAGAGAAAUGAGAAGCGCGGAUGGAAUGUACGAAUCUUAUUCGAUUGUUCCCGCAGCCGCACCUGGUAUUCUAGACCCAAACGAAGGUGCGCCUGAUGCGGACGCUCCCCUCAGUGCCGAUGACAUAGCGAACCACCACAACAAAUCAAAAACGCAACACAAUCUUAUUCUUGACGCUACUAGAGGUGUGAUUACCCUUGGAAGCAGAAUCAUUCUGCUGCCAUUACGAUUGGUUAGCAGAGUGUUUGGAGCCUUGGUACAGAGUAAGGGAUCCUUCAACCGCGAUCUCAAAUCAAUCAUGUCACGGAAGUUCGACUCAAGCACAGCCAGCAGAACUAAAGACGUUCUUUGGCUAUCGGAUGCAAUUCUGGCAGACCUCAGUAGUUGCCUUGUACUUCUAUUGAUAAACAACAAUAGAAGUCGCGAAAAUCCGUUUCGCGAGGAACUUCAAGCGUUAAGUGACAAUAGAUGGGAUCACGGAAUGGAAUCAAGACUACCAGAUUUACCAUCUCUCGAUACAAACUCGUCCAGUGGAUCACCAUCUACGGAUAUUUCUAGAAUAGAGAAGGGUAGUGACCUGCGACAAAUUGGUCUGACACUAAAUUUCGAGUCCCUCUUUGAAUCCUUUGGGAGGACUCUUCAUACCGAGGUUGGCAGUUUGUUGCUUUAUACUCUCGUGCAAACCUCUGAAUCGUUUGCAGAGAGUUUAGCGGUGCGAUCGGACUUGGACACACUAGUGCUACCAUUGUUGCGGACACUUUACUUUUCAUCACAAAGUAACACCUUCAUGGCUAGUGAUUAUGCAGCUCACAAAAAGAAGGGGUCGACGAACAUUCUGAAUAUCAGAAACUGCCCAUUCCGCUCUCAGUCACAAUUGUAUGUGAUAAUAAUAUUGCUCUUGCUCUUUUCUCAAGAUUUGUCCUUUGGACGUGACGCGUUUCGAAGGAUACAUGUGCCACAUGUUGUGUGGUACAAGGAAAGGCAGCUGAGACACAUCAACCUCGGGUCGGUACUCUUUCUGACAUUGUUACGUUCCUUGAUUUUCAAUUUGCAACGGUUGCACGAUCCUUUUAUGCUGAGCAACUGCUGCGCCAUCUUGUCGAAUCUCUCAUCAGCUACCACUGAUUUACACGAGUAUGCCGCAAUGCGACUCGUUUCCGUUGCAAUCUCUGUGAUGAAGCGUCAUUCUAAGUUAAUUGCCUCCACAACAAAUGGCGGCCAGGAUAUGAACGAUGGCGAGGAAGAUGAUCUCAGUACUCCUCUUGGUAGAUACUCCGAAGUCGCAAACAACCUCUUGUCGAUAAUUUCGGAUUGCUUGUCUCAUCGGAGAAUUGAGCAAAAUUUGCAAGUGAUCUAUGCGAUUGUAUAUCAUCAAGCUGAUUUUACAAAUGUCUUCAAAGGCAAUAUGUAUCCCGCACGUCAAACGGAGAGAAUAUUGAGUAUUGCGCAAGCUGCAUCCACACUAAUCCAAGAAGCAUCGGCAAGAUCUGCGCCUAAGGCGCUAAAGGUACUAGAGAGUCAAGUUGAAGUACUGAGAAGUGUCGUUGACAAGAAAAGAAGGAAACGAGACAGCAUCAGUGAUUAUACGUUCACAUACGAAGAGGAUGCCGACCCUGAGAGCUUCUUUGUGCCAUACGUCUGGGAAGUGAUUGUAUGCGUGGUGACUUCAAGCAGCAUCGAGUGGAAGAAGAAUAACAUACGUGCGUUUCCAUUACUGGAACCGGAGGAAAAGGCUGGCGUCCAGCAACAGCCAAGAAAUGGUGCUAUGGUAUCGGAUUCAUUUGACACCGAUGCUGAAGACUUUGUUUGA